UCAACAACCGAAGAAACCACUGAGGUAUAAAGCAAACAAGUAUAUAAGCAUGGGAAAUUAUUUGUAUCAGUACACACUGAACUGAGUGACGGAAACAACUGAGAGGUUUACAGAUCUAUAAACGACGCAGUUCAAAAAGAUAAAUAAAGUAACGAUGACGAAACUCGCUGUGAUAUUAGCCGUGGCCUUGUGUUCCAUCACAACGCAAGCAAAGCCUCUGGACGAUGUUUGCUCCCAUUUGUCAUUGGAAAACGGCGUCGGAUUCGUACGUCACCAAGACUGCGACAAGUUCAUCCAGUGCUACAAGGAUGGGCUCGGAAAAGUAGUUGGCAUAGUACAACAAUGCGGCUUCGGCACCGAAUGGAGCCAGGAACUCCUUACUUGCGUUGCUUCUUCAAUCUCCACAUGUCCACCAGCAUCGGAUAAAUGUUACCAGUUGAGCAAUGGCAACGUGCGCAAAGCCAUCGGUAACUGCAGGGGUUACUGGGUGUGCAAUAACGGCGAUUCUAUUCCAAAAUGCUGCCCUAUGGGUCAGUAUUAUAAUGAAACCACUGGGUGCACGAACGUGGACAACGACACCGAAUGCAAUUCUAGAUGCUUCAAUGAUAACACAUUCACAGAAGAAUUUAAUGCUACUACAGAAAUGACCACGACGACAAAACAGCCAUGCAUUACCAAGCGAGCGAUCACAGGCAUUCCGAACCAAUACGAGGAGUACAUUGUUGCUUUGGGAUGGAUAUUCCGACCUUGCCAAGCAGGUCUCCAGUACGUACAAGAUGACUGUGCCUGCACACAGGUCGUUUCUGUCUCACAGCCCACCGCAUGCACUCGCGAAAUCUACCUACCGUUUAACGACAACCAUUACGACCAGUCCGGUAAGAAGAACUACGUCCAAAACGAAAACGUCGUCAUCGAAAACGGCAAGGCCAUUUUCAACGGUCUCAAUAGCCAGCUGGUUAUCCCGCGAUUCACAAACGUCGACGCAUCUACAAUUGUCUUAAGAGUCUCCUACACCUCUGACCACGAAAGUCUUACCCAACCGCAAACAAUUUUGUCUGACAGCAACUGCUUAAAUGGGAUGUCAGUAGUCAUCGCUGAAGACACCAGCGCAGUGUAUUACACCGUGGGGACGAACAUAGAGGACACAAAGUUCGAUAACACCGUCGCCCUGAACCAGACUGCGUCCCACGAGAAGGAUAUCGCAUUAAGCUUCAACCAGGGAGUGCUCACAGGGAAGCUGGGAAAUGAGGAAACGGUUUUGCGCAAUAUACCCGGGGAUCUUCGCAGCGUUCACUGCGCUCUCCACAUCGGUGACUCUGACGGAAUCAUUGGUGGACGGUUCAAGGGUGAAAUCGACGAAUUAUCCAUCUACCUUUGCGCAUAGAAUCUUUACUUACAUGCGCAUUAUUUGUAUUGAUAUGACAUCAUGAUAUUUGCAUUAGCUCUCUUUUUAUAUAAGAAAUAUUGUGAAAGAUAUAAAAGCAUUUAUAAGUAAGUAUUUAAUUUUAAAAACCUUAUCUUUGAUUGAUUCAUGAUGCACUGAAUGAAUAUUGUAAAGUAAAAAUCUCAAUAUAUAUUGUUUAAUGUAAAAAAUUUACGCGAUGUUAUUUAUAUGCAUAUGAUCAUUUUAAAGAGUGUACGUACGUAAUUUUGUUUGCAUGUUUGUAAUGUGAUGUUCAUGAUAUACGUGAUUUUUCCUCAUUUUGUACACACUUCUUGAUAAAAGAAAUCCCAAUCAAUAAAGAGUUUGUGAACUUACA